AUCUCUUUCUUGCGGUCUAAUCCCUCCGGGGACGCAACGUAAACGCUCCGAUGAGUAGGUUUUGAAUGAUGAUGAUCUUUAAAUUUAAAGAAUCAAGAGGGGAUUAAUGUGUCCACGAGGAGCGGACUUAUAACCUCCCAACGCGAAUUCCCCUCUCUUUGUCCCUUUUCGCCAUGAGUCCUUCCCCUCCGUCCUAUGACUCUCUUACAUUUCAGAUGAGCCCUGUGGUCGAACUCAAAGCGAAUGGAGAAGUGUCUCGUAUACGCUCUCACAAGGGGAAUGCUCCAACAUUGCCUCAAACGAAGUACUGUCCUCUAUGUCCUGCCAAGUUCACGAGGACGACACACUUGCAUAGACAUAUCCGUUCACACACCAACGAACGUGCUCACCGAUGCGAUUUGUGUGGCGCCGAAUUUACUAGGAGCGAUCUCUUGACAAGACACAAGAAGACGUGCGGGGAUCCGCUCAGUGCACAUCGAUCACGAAGGAAGUCUUGUCAGGCCUGCGCUGAGUCCAAAGUCAAAUGCAACCUCCAGUAUCCUUGCUCAAAAUGCGUCUCGCGAGGCAAAAAAUGCGUUUUUAUCAAUGAUCCUGCUGUUUCGCGGCAUAAAAAAUAUGGAGCAAGAAAACGUUCAUCCCAGGUCAAAACAGAGAGUCAACCCAUUAUCAUUCCCGAUCAAAGGUCCUCCUGCUCGCCAUCCUCGCCCGCUUCCUCACCCGAUUCUCUGCAAUCACCUACCUUUCAUCGUACCUUGCUUCCGGGGCUUGACUUCCAUUGCACACCAGGCUUUUCCCCCUCACUGUCCUCGCACUCCUCGCCUCCAUCGGACAUUUUCGAUACAAUCAUGGACGAUGAUGCUGCUACCGAGGCCAUUAUCAACGGAGAUGGCGAGCUAACCAGGCUCGAACCUCAUAUGGACAAGAUGUUUUCCAAUGGGAUGUUCGACUCGCUUCUCGAUCAUUUAUCAUUCUCCAAUCAUGACACAAAUAAUGCUGUGGUUUCUAUGCCUACGCCACCGGAAUAUGGUUCACCUUUGGAAUUGCCUCGCACUGACUCACCCCCAUUUACCGCUUCUUCCGGAGGAUGCUCAAACCCAUCAAGUAUGUCUAACGGUAUAAGUCCGGCCGACACUGAACAACAACAAUAUCUUUAUCUUUUCUUCUCCGCAUUCUGUACCCAGCUCCCUCUAGUGCACCCGUCUACAUGGAUGACGGAAGAUAAACCUCCCAUUCUUAUUCGCGCAAUGCAAGCAUGCGGCGCACUUUUUGUUAAGACCCGACGAGCCGCUAACUUCAUUACCGAAACUUUAUCUUCAACGCGGGAUUUGUUGAUACAUGAAUUUACCAAGGUCACGUGUGGUCCGAAGGAGCAGGAUUGUUUGAUUCUAGCUGCCGUCUUGCUGCAGACUAUUGGUCUCUUUCACCAGCGUGCCGACUUGCGGGUGUCUUCUAAUGUUUAUCAUGGGAUGUUAGUAAUGAUGAUCCGGAGGACAGGAUCUAUCGCUCGUUCGCGUUCUUGGGUUGCCCCUGAUAUGAAUGAUCCCGGUGUAUUGGAACAUGCAUGGCGGGAAUGGGCUUUUCACGAAACCAUCAAACGGGCUCUUCUCCUUUCUUACCUUCAUGACUGCUGUCAUUCUGUUUUCUUUUCCAUGCGACCGUCCUUCCUGACGGCCGAAUUCGACAUUAAUUUGCCAUGCGACGACGCCUUGUGGAAAGCUCAAACGUCGAUGGAAUGGUCUGAGCUUCUUCGGAAGCCUUCUCCAUACGGAAUAGGUUCAAGCAGGUUGUACGGUGUCGGCAUGCAGCAAGCGCUGACUAAUCUAGGAGAGAUGCGACUUUCAAUCUCGCACGCCCCUCUCAAUCCCUUUUCCCAGUUUAUCCUCAUCCACACCAUUCUUCGCAAUAUCUAUAUCUCCUACUCGCGGAGCACUUCUGAUAACACAUUCUUUCUGCCUUCCGCAUCAGCGUUACCAUCUGAGUCUGCCGUUGAUGAUGGGCGCCGAGGAAGCCAUUUUGCAACUCAGUAUGCCCUACAUAACUGGCUUCAAUCUUGGAUACACUGCCCGGAUGCAACAAGGUCGGAAGAUGAUUCAGAUGAGCCACCAUUCGCCUAUAAUGCCCUGCCUUUCUACUGGCUCGCACAGAUCUCACUUUUAGCAAUCCAGGAGGGUGGGGCGGCUUGGGUUGAGGAAACAACGGAGAACAGAUUCCAUCUUAUGAAGGAAUGGCUGGAUCGAAUUCGGUUUUUUCUGCGACAGAACCAUGAAAUUCCCCCUCACCUGUGGGAGGAGCUGAUGGUUAUUCGACGUCAAAUCUCCCAAGCUGACGCGAGUAGUUUAGGGGAACACCCCAACGGUUUACUAUCUUUCUUCUCCGAGCAUUGA